AUGACUUCAUUACUCUCCCUUCCUCGUGAACUACGAGAUCAGAUCUUUGAUAUCUUCGUCGCUGCUCGAAACGAACGACCAAAAGAUAUCGAGUCCAUACAGACCAGGCAAUACACAUAUACCGAGCAUAUUCUGAAUCAAGUGAAAGUCGACUGCAUUCACCAUAAUAGACGCAAUAUCGGUCUCGUCUCCUUGCUUCUCGCGAACAAACAACUCAACGCCGAAACAAAAGAUGCUUUCGAAAGAUUUGAAGGUCGAGGAAAGUAUGAACUGGAUAUAUUUGUGACUGGCGAACGGGAGUUCUGGCCCACUUGGAUUUACCUUCCGAAGCGUACGAACAUAAUGGAGGAAUUGCACAUCACCUUUCGGGUCUUCGAAGGCGAGGACUUCUGGCUUCGUGCUAGUGGAAGCAAACCGAUCAACUAUAUAGGAGGAUGGGCAUUCUUCCAUCUUCUGGAACGACUCCUGAAAGAGGGUCCAAGAGCAGUCUGUGCUCAUGGUAGCAGCAAGCAUUCCUCUACCAUCACUGAGAGAACCUUAUCGUGGGCUGAGGCUCUUCGUGGGAAGGCACCAGCACUCGAUCAGAGUCUGAGAAUUCGAAAACUGUAUCUCCAUUUCGAAACAGGCUUCGAGGGAGAUUUCAAAGAGUACAUUGGGAUGGAUUGCUUGCGACUAGAUGAGAUGCAAAGAUUGGGAUCGAGGAGUAAAGGAACGGACUGCAAGACCCCUGGAGGACGACUUGCUGCUGCAUUCUCCACCGAGAUCACAGACAUCAUGCAGAAUCGUUGGGCUGAUUUGGAGACGUGGCUCGAUAGAAUAGGCAGCAUAUGGUCGCAUUUCGAUGACCGCCCACUGUUCUCUUAUGACUUUGCGAAAAGAUUGAGUGAAUUGGCAGUCCUAAACGGUAGGGGGCACCCAGAGAUAGACCCCUUGUAUAGAUCUCGGGUUAAAUUCGGGUUGGGGGUUAUUAAAUUGGGACAGUUUUGGAAAUAGGAAUUUGAUCAAUCGCAGAAUCGUGCAUCAAGUAAUCAAGACCAGGAAUACAACUAGUCAACGGCAUUCGAUGGUUAAAUGAUUCAUUCCAACGGACACUGACUUGGAAUGAGGCCUGCUUUGCCUUCAAAAGUAUUGCGGCUCUUGAGGGAUCGUUGAAGGUCCAAUUAUCGCAAACUUGUGUAACUAGCUAUAGACAGAUGCUGAACAGAUGUUGGACAGAUGACGAAUUGAAAGCAAGAGUGAAAGAAAUACAUAAAAUCAGAGCAGGGGACAACACCUAGAAUAGUGUGGGUGAGGUUACUGAGCCAAAAAUCGGUAUUGUAAUGUUACAGAGCUCGCCAAUAGGAUCUAGGAAAUUGUAGACACUAGAGCAAGAAUUGACGAUGAUACAAUUAACAGACGAAAAGACAACUCUGUAGAUGCCGUUAAGUCAAGGAGAAUCAAGACUGAAG